UUCCACCGACACCCACACAUACAAGCACUAGUGUUGCUUGCAGAUUACUUUCCCAUUCUCUAUGCGCCACUUGGAGGAAUCUCCUCGUCGUCACUAGUGUUAAAAAAGCACGAUGAGAAAACAGCAAGUCCGAUCGUCAGUUGUCUACUCACGAUCCCUCCGAUAAGGAUCAUCAUUCAUCACUCAUGGAAUUGUGCAUUAGAUACUCGAUAUCUUGACUGGGUUUUAGUUUUUCCCCGAUUAAAACCUCUUUUAUAUGCAUAAUUCUCAUCUCGUUAUAUCCCUGCGACAGUUAAGACUACGGCAGCGUGCAGAAGAGUCCACUCCAGUGUACGCGGAGGUAGAUGUCGGAGUUCUGCUGGGCAGCUCAUGCCAUUCAAAUCUGAAGAAUAAACGCUGAGAAAAUCCAGUCCUCGAGCUGCAAGUUAAUCAACGCCAAAAAUGGCAUAUCUAUCUCUCCCCAGGAUUUCUUACUCCGCUACACUCGGCUUCCUCCUACUGCUCUUCCGCUUCCUCUCUUUCAAUGCCCAACAGCUGCCGAAUUCCCAAUCAAGGACCCUACUCAGGCUGCCUCGUCUCCUCGAGUACCCGGCCGCCCUCGCCGGCUGGUCACACGACACCGCCUUCUGCUCCCUGCUUCCCUCCCCCACCCUCUCCAUCCUUUGCUCCGGUAACUGCAUCGUUGAGCUCGUCAUCGUCGGCGAUCGCCGUGCCAAGGCCCUGUCCCCGGCAUUCUCCUCCGCCUCCCUCUUCACCACUCUGACACGGUUCCCCAACCUGACCACCCUCUCUCUCGUGGCUCUCGGCUUGUGGGGGCGGCUCCCCGGCAAGGUGCAUCGCUUCCCCUCGCUUAAAGUUCUCAACUUGAGCUCCAACUACUUCGCCGGAGAGAUACCAAUGGAGAUUUCCUCCAUGUCGACCCUACAAAAUCUAGUCUUGGCGGGAAAUUCCUUCAACGGAUCCCUUCCUGACCUCAAAGCCCUCGUAACUCUCCAAGAAUUGGACGUCUCCGGGAACCGCCUCGGCCCUGAGUUCCCUUCACUCAGCAAUGGCCUAGUCACUCUGAUUCUCAGAAACAACGUCUUUCGCGGAACAAUCGUGGGAAAUUUCAGAGCCUUUGAUCGGCUAAGGAAACUGGAUUUGUCCUCUAAUCAGUUUUCCGGAUGGAUACCACCAUCACUGUUUUCUCUUCCAUCGAUACACUUCUUGGAUUUGUCCAACAACGCAAUAGCAGGACAAAUUCCAGGUUAUGUUUCUUGCAGCACCUCACUCGGAUUCAUCAACAUCGCGAACAAUCGCUUGUUAGGAGGACUGCCCCGGUGCAUGCUCUUCAAUUCUUCAAGCAGAGUUGUGCUGAGCUCAGGGAACUGCUUGAAUGCAGGCGAUCUGCGGUACCAGCAUCGAGUUGAGUACUGCGACAGCGCAGCAUUAGCAGCAGUUGUGCCUCCGACCAACAAGAUCAGCGGAUCAAGGAGCUAUGUAAAUGCUAUAUUUGGCAUUACCAGCGGAAUCAUCGUCGGAGCAGCGUUGAUGGGGUUGUUGAUCUUUGUCGUGUUUAGGAGAUCGAGAGCAGUAAUCCUGCAUAAACCAACGGCCUCAAAUUCUUCAGAUGCUGACAGCAGCACCAAAAGAACUCCAAUUGGCACAAGGCACAUAUCUGAAGCAACGAGGAUAGAAACUCUUGGGCUAACACCUUAUCGGGUGUUUAGUAUAAACGAACUGGAAGAAGCAACUAAUAGAUUUCAUCCAUCCAAUCAGACCGAGAACAGUUCAAGAGGACAGUUUUACAAAGGCUUGCUUGGGGAUGGAUCCAUGGUUAUCGUCAAUCGUAUGAAAUUGAACCCAAAGUUCUCACUACAGAAUCUACCUCAAUAUUUAGAUCUCAUCUCGAAGAUCAGGCACCGACAUCUAGCGAACAUUCUUGGUCAUUGCAUCGUUAGCAGCCAGGAUGAUGCUAACAACACUACGAUCAUCUAUUUUGUUUCUGAACGAGUUACCAAUGGUACACUGAGAAGUCAUCUCACUGAAUGGCGAAAGCGUGAGAUGCUGAAAUGGCCACAACGAUUAGCAGCAAUUUCUGGGAUUGCAAGGGGAAUCCAAUUCUUGCAUACUGUUACAGUUCCUGGUAUAUUUGGAAAUAAUCUUCACAUGAAUAACAUAUUGUUGGAUAAAACUCUCACAGCUAAAAUAAACAACUACAGUCUCCCUAUUUUGUCGAAGAAUAAGAAUAGCAAGAUUGGAAACGAAAGUCCUUUUAUUUCAGUUGACAACAGAUCAGAAAUGGGAAGGAUUCACAGUGUGGCAAAUCCUGAAAGGCAGGACAUAUAUCAAUUGGGGUGCAUUCUUCUUGAAGUUAUCACAGGGAAACCAAAUGAAACCAAGAUUGAGGUGGAUACUAUAAGAUCUAAGAUGCACAAAGACUCAACAGAUAGCCCACUUUAUGUGAAAGAAAUUGUAGACCCAACAAUUCGAGGCACCUUUGCUCUUGACUCCAUAAGAACCGUCAUUGAAAUAUCCCUUAAAUGCGUUUCAGAAGAUCUAAACCAGCUGCCGUCGAUCGAUGAUGUCCUCUGGAAUCUGCAGUAUGCGUCGCAGAUUCAGGAUGGCUGGGCCAGCAGCGAGAAUCUAAGCAUCCAAGAGUAGUUCUUAAUCUCGAAUCGUACGUUGUGUCUCCACAUUAUUGAUAUUUUGACUCCUCUGCUCAUUUGGUAAAUUUGCAUUUGUAUCUUGUGGUGCCAUUCAAGUUAAUGGAGUACGAGAGUGCCUGAAAUAAUUAUGUUUAAAUGCAAAUAGCUGCUCCCUGAAA